AAAUUGCUGUAACAGCAAUAUCUUUGCGGUUCGUUUAACAUGCUUAUAAAAUAAUUGAAAAGUAAUCUCCGGAAAACCCCACAAAUAUAGGCAGAUUUUUAAGCUGUAGAUGCAGGUACCUACUAAAUACUUAAAUUUGCUAAUAAAAAUAAAUAAUUACAUCCUAUCUGUACUUGUAUCUUUGUAAAGAAAAACGACUUGAAGUAUACAUUUUUUUUACCUAAAUCAAACGUCCAAGCCAUAAAACUGGCCAAUGAUUGCUGUCUCCUCAGCUUUUCUUUCCAUCCCUGCUAAUAUUAUAAAUGCGAAAGUAACUCUGUCUGUCUGUCUGUUACGCUUUCACGUCUAAACCACUGAACUGAUUUUAAUAAAAUUUGGUACAGAGAUAGAGUUGACCUUGAGGAAGAACAUAGGAUAGUUUUUAUCCCGGACUUUUGAAGAGUUCUCUUGGAAAUGCAAUAACCGAACUCGACGUAGGCGAAGCCGCGGGCGGAAGCUAUUUUUAUAUAUAUUUUAAACACUUGCAAUUAGCAAAUUCUUUCAAUAUCCUAAUCUCAGGACAUCAAAAGACAUCAAAAUCAUCAUCACCAUUUUCAAAAUUCGAAAAAGGGUCUUCGGUUUCAACGCACGUUUUCAAAACUUAUCGUCUGAGUUUACCGUUACAAAUGAAAUAAAAAGCCCCGUCAUUCGUUCACUCGCAUCCUUUUAAAUAUCAGUUUACACUCAGAUCUUGUAAUCAGCUUGACACCUUUGACCGGGUAGGUACGGCCAACAACACAAGAAAUAUGAAUUAAAUAAUUGUUAAACAUUUUCAUUAUGAAUAUCCCGCCUCUUGCACGACAGUUCCUAGUGGCGGGAUCAACGCACCUAGCAGCAUUGACGGCCGGUGGCGUGGUGGCAUAUCCAGGGGUAUUGUUACAGCAGUUCAAAGCUAACGAUACUAUCAUACACCUCGAUUUGGAUAACGGAUCAUGGAUCGGUUCCGUGCACGGCCUAGCAGGCAUCCCAAGCUUUCUAAUGCCAUUUCUCAUGCAGUACCAAGGCCGAAAAUUCGCGUACAUUAUAAGCUGCAUCCUCAUCAUCAUAGGAUGGAUAUUUACUUACGCAGCUACUAAUAUCAAGACCCUUAUUAUAGGCGAAUGUUUCCACGGGUUGGGAGGCCACAGUCUACUACCAAUUAGCUUUCUAAGCAUAUCAGAAAUGGUGCAACCGAAGUAUAGAAACAUGUGUUUGUUAUUCUACGGCACGGCUCAAGCGCUUGGCAUGUCAGUAGUAGGAAUAAUAGGCAGGUAUGUUCAUUGGAAAAUUGCAGGACUGGUUAUGUGCUGUCCAAUUAUUUUGGCUCUUUUGAUCGGAUUUGCAUGGCCCGAGUCACCGUCUUGGCUAGCUUUUAAAGGCAGAUUUGAAGAGUGUGAGGAAACAUUUAAAAUGCUUAGAGGUAAUGAUAAGGAAUCUUUGAAAGAACUAAAUGGCUUACUCAAUUCGCAUAAGGAUGAUUCGGAAUUAAAACCGAGUAGGCGGAGUUGGAUUAAAAAUUUUAGUACCACGUUAACUAGCAAAGAUUUCUAUAUACCGUCUUUUCUUACUUGUAUUUUGAUUAGUGUGUUUUAUUGGUCCGGGGGCUCAGCUGUGAUAAUCUAUUCAAGCGAUAUUACACUUAAUGCCACUAGUAAUAAGAAUGAUCACAUAAAAUUUAUAUUAGACCUAACUUUUUUCAUAGGCUACAGUGUGACCACGAUUUUACUCAAAUACUUUAGCAGUAAAAAGGUUUUACUAUUCAGUAUGUCUGGGUCGUCUGUAUUUAUGAUUUUAGCUGCUUUAGUUACUUAUUUGCAAAGUGUAGAUAUAGUUGCAAAAGAUUCUAUGUUGGGUGCAUAUUGCAUAGUCGUUUUUAUGAUAUUUUUUAGCUUGGGGUCAAACGGUGUAGGUUUUACAAUAGCUACAGAGUUAAUGCCUGUAAAACACCGAGGUUUAGGGGGCUGUCUAUUCGUGAUAUGCACUUGUAUAUUUCACUCUUCAGCUUUAAAGUCGUUCCCAUACUUAUGCGUUUAUAUACGCAUGUGGGGAGCGUUCUUAAUCUAUGGUUUAUAUACUGUUGUCGCUGGUCUGAUUAUUUGUAUGUGUGUGCCGGAUACAAGUAAUAAAACUUUGCAAGAAAUAGAAGAAUAUUAUAAUGUCGGUUAUUUUAAAGAGAGUAAUAAUGUUAACGUUGAUUUGGGAGUGCGACAAAGAUUUUUAAAGGCUGAUGGUAAUUAGAUUAUGAAAUAAUAUUGUUAUCUCCGAUUAAAUUUUAAGAAGCUGUAAUUUGUAAGUUAUAUUGUGAUAUCUUUCGAAUACAUUUUUUUAUAAAAUAAAUUGUUUUGUGUCUAAA